AUGCUUAUGAUGCAGGAAACAGAGAUGUGAUUUAAUUUAUAAGGUCCAGGCCCCCGAGGCAAUUCAUAGCUUCGGGGUUCGAUUGACCUCCCGUCGAAGGCUGAAGCUUCCUUUCUUGUCUGAAACCCUAACGCUCCAUCUCCGUCGACCUCAAUCCCACCAAAUCCAUGAAGAAUCCCAAGGGAUCGGGAGGCAAAGGGCCUGCCUCCUCCUCCAAUACCGGCGCCGCUAGCACUAAGAAAUCACGAUGGGAGGCCGACGACAAGGCCGUCGUCAACCGCCAUGCCUCGUCCUCGGAUCCCAAACCCUCCAAGCCCAAAGCGCCAUCCUCCGCAUCCCCAGCCGUUGCCCCCAAUGAAAAGCCCACCUCCCUGCCGGCCGCCGCUCCUGCUCCCGUUUCCACUCCCACAGCUGGUCCUCGCCCUUUCCCUCUCCCUGACCGACCUGGGAGCCCUCCCCCUCCAUCUUACGGCUUCCACAACCUCGAGCGGCGUUCCAUCGUCCUCGCCGAUGGCAGCGUCCGGUCCUAUUUUGCCCUGCCACACGAUGCGCCGGUUGACACUGCAUCUGAUAAGUUCCCAUUCGGUCGCCCUGGGUUUGGUCUCGGCCCGGAGCCUGUUCCUGGCUUGGGGUUCGACAGGCGUUUCCCUCCACCUCCUGGCGGAAGGUUCAGCCCCGAAGACUUUCGCCAGCUUCCUCCCUUUGCCCGCGGUCCUGGUCCCCAGCGCGACUAUCCUGAUCCUUCCGGCCCAGAUGGCCCACGGAAUCUCUCAGAUGUUGGGGGCCGAUCUUCCUCUCUGAAGCGCAAGUAUGGUGAAGAAGAUGAAUUCCUGUUGCACAGGCAACAAGUCAUGCAACAUGGGAACCCUAAUUGGAUCCCUCUAGGUCCUUCUGGAGCUGUUGAAGACAGGAGAUACUUCUUAGGAGGCAGUCCGUUUGGACGGGACCAGCAUGACGAGCUAAGGUUUUCGAAACAGGUGAAGUUGGGUGGAGAAAGUCAUGAAUUGACCCCGCGUAGGGUUGGCCGUGAUGAAGUGCCUCCUGCAGUUCUGGGUGUUGAUCCUCGUUCACUUAGGAGGGCUUUUCUUUGGUUCUCAAAGAUGAUAAAUGAGAACUUUGCACAGAGGAAGAAAUAUUUGGAGGAUGGGAAAGAUGGUCCUUUGUUAUGUGUUGCCUGUGGCAGGGCCUCUAAAGAUUUUGCUGAUGUACAUGAACUAAUCAUGCACACGUACACCUUACAAAAUGCUGAUUUGCGUGUUGAUCAUCUUGGGUUACACAAGGCCUUGUGUGUUCUCAUGGGAUGGAACUACUCAAAGGCCCCUGAUAACUCAAAAACAUAUCAGUUACUAUCUGUCGAUGAUGCUCAAGCAAACAGGGAUGACCUUAUUGUAUGGCCCCCGACAGUCAUACUUCAUAACGUAAUUUCAGGAAGGAGAAAGGAUGGCCGUGUGGAGUAUUUGCGUAAUAUAGAGAUGGAUAGUAGACUUAAAGAGAUGGGUUUCUCUAAUUGCAAGGCCAGGUCAAUCCACGGGAUGCAGGGCCACACAGGUGUUGCAGCCGUGAAAUUUGCUGAUACUCAACUUGGAUUGGAGGAGGCGGAGCGACUGGUACAGCAUUUGGAGAAAGAAAACCAUGGCCGUAAAGGAUGGGCACGCACCCAGGCUUCUCUUUCUAGUGAUGAUGAGAAUAAUCCUGCCUUAGUUAAGGUUGACAGGAAGACCGGAAAGAAGAAGUGGAUCCUGUAUGGGUAUCUUGCAACAGCAUCAGACCUUGAGAAAAUCGAGUAUGAUGCAGUGAGAAAAUCUGUCAUCAAAAGCAGAAAGGAUUUUAGUCUAUCUGAUUAGUGCCUCGCAUGAUUUGCAGACAGCCAACUAUUGCGCUGCCCUUAUUUAUGUUUAGCCAAAUCUUGCUUCCUGUUCUCUUACAGUUGCACUGUAAUUCUGCAAAGAGAAUUGCUACUUGAAGUAGCAUCCCAAUUGCCUAUAAUUAUAGAAGAUUCUGUGUACUUGGUUUGCUAUGGGCUUGCCUCUUGAUAAUUUAAUUGCACCACCUUAGUAAA